AAAUAAAAAAGAAAUAACGUAGCCUGUUUAUUGAAGAUGGUAUCUGAUCUCAGGCAGCACGUGCCGCCCGCAUUCCUGUCGAUUUCACGGACAAUUUACAUUUUAGGUCCAAAGCCUCCAUAAAACCCCGUGUCCAGCAGAUGGUAACCUUUUUAAGGCUUACACUCUCAACCUGGGAAAGUGCAUGAAUCACUAAGCUUCUAACACACGCACACCUGGACACAACUGGGCACCGAGCGCGUAAGUAACGCGCAGACAGGUAUGGACCACGUGGUUACUUAGCAACAAGGGGAAAAGUCUGGGUUGCUAAGAAACAGCCGCCUUACUACAGCACGUCGAGAGACGCAGAAUGCGCACAUGUUCAGUAGUAAAGCAAAGAGGGGGGAAAAAAUACAUCCUGGGAGAAAUCCCUGUACAACUGCGACAAAUCAGAAAUGAGAUCAGAAAUACGCACGAGAGUAGUUUUCUUUUUUUAGUAGAGAUAUAUAGGAUGUUCUGUUUAAAGAGAGAGAGAGAAUAAAAACGCAACUUGUGUCAAAUUAGUGCAAAAGCAUACAUAUUAUCCAGUCAAUGCAAUAUUUCAACAGAGCUCGAAGCGCGCAAAUGCACACGUGCACAUUUAUUCUCCUCGUGCCUGGGUCUGAGACAGCUCUCACGCGCUUAACAACUGCAAUAUAUCUUAUUAUUUCGGGCCCGUGUCAUAUCGGAGGCGGAGAGCAUCUACACGAGGAGGGGGGGAGACACGGAGAGCGCCUGCUGACUGACCAACAUGAAUCUUUUUUUUUUUUGCAAAUCAGUCUGCGUAUAAGAGAGCGCGAGCACCGGGUCUCUGUGUGAGCGACAAGGUUACGAUCGCGUGCGCACUUUUGGGUUUUUCAUUGGUGCGCGAGCAUCAGGACCUGUUGUUUUGAUUUAUUUAUUUGUUUAUUUUGUAUGGGGGGGUUGCACCAGCAGAAACAGGAGGAUGUCCCUUCCGGAGCGUUACUGCUGCUGUUGGAGGCACCUGGAAUGCCUACGCAUUGGACGAGUCGCGAGCCAAAAGUCGUGAAAAGUCGGCUGGUCGGUUUGUUCCUCGUGGCGCAGAAUCGAGCUUCCUACCUGCCGUCGAGGGAAAGUAUCACGAGGGUCCCAGGUUUAGUCAUCCUAUGAAUGGGGCUGUGCUGUGCCCAGCUCAGCUCCUCGUGCCCUGGUCAGGACUAUGCAGGGCCCUGGUACCCUCCUGAAUGCAUUGGCCAGCGGUUUGCGAGAGCAGGGAGGGCGGUGGGGCCCACCGAGGCCGAGGUGGACGUGGUGCUAUGCCCCCUCCAUUCCGGAUAGCGGUGCUGGGUGCGCAGGGGGUGGGCAAGACAGCCAUUGUGCAGCGAUUCCUCCACGAUGACUACAGUGACGUGGCCUCGUCAAGCCGCACACGCCGGGUACAUCUGUCCGCCGCUGUGCUCAAUGGCCAUGUGCACGACCUGCAGAUCACCGACUACCCCGCCAUCAGCAGCUUCCCCGGCAGCUCCCUCCAGGAGUGGUCAGACGUUUGCUGUCGAGGUAUUCGCAGUGCCCAUGUCUACAUUCUGGUUUACGACAUCUGCUGCUUCGACAGCUUUGAGUACGUCAAGACUAUGCGCCAGCAGAUCCUGGAGACCCGGGUGAUGGGGGCAACAGAGACGCCGAUCCUGAUAGUAGGCAACAAGCGCGAUCUCCAGCGAGGCCGGGUCAUCCCACGCCACAACGUCUCGGACUUGGUGCGCAAGAGCUGGAAGUGCGGCUACGUGGAGUGCUCGGCCAAGUUCAACUGGCACGUUUUGCUGCUGUUUGGCGAGGCCCUGCGGAGCGUAGGCUGUGCCAGGUGCAAACAUGUGCAUGCCACCGUGCGCUUUCAGAGAGCGCUGAGGAGAGAGCGCUGCGCUCUCAUGUGAGGCGUGAGCUUGUCACCGUGUCUCGCACGGUUUGAAACGAAAUCGAGUUAUGGCUGUGAUAAUGAGUUCGGGUUGCCUUCUAGCCAAGGAAUCCUGUCAUGGACGCUUCACUGAGGAGAAAUGUUUCCUCUGUUCACACAAACUGCUUUCUGAUGCCAAGAGGAAUCCUCAGAUGCUGCUGGUCCUGGAAAAACGGGCCGACCGUAACGUGUCGACAUUGACUGAAGCCUCAAAAAUCAGCUUUAAUACCAUGUUGCUGAAAUGCAAAUAAUGUGUUUAUGCUGGGACUGCUUGAAGAAGCCCAUUUCUGCUUUUUAUCUCGGGCAUACACCGCUGAAUCUUCCAGUUCUUUUGAGCCUAAAAUGGCGUCUCUCUCUCUCAUCAUGGCUCAACGUGUGGCUGUACAACAACACGGGUGAUAACACAAGAGCACAAAUAAACCUAUGUGUACGCCCAGUGGAUAACUUCCAUGUUAGGACUUACCUGUUUAGCGCAUUCAGGUGCAAGUAUUGUGUUUGUUGUACGAUCACGCUUGUCCUUAUUUCACUCUCGAACGAAACAUCAGAGCAGGAAAUGAGUUAUUAUAGUUCAUCAGGACCCACGCAAACAAGGGUGGUUUUUUUGUUUUGUUUGUUUUUGAAUUUUUAUUCUUCUAUAAACAUGAAGCUCAAUUUCAACUUGACCUCAUUUUUCAUCCUGAAGGACAGCACAAUAUUGCCAAGAAACAUGAAAUUUGCUAUUACGCCCCGCUGACACCUUUGAUAGUCCUCACAUCCUGAAAAGAUCUUUUAUACAACAUUCUGUAUUUGAAAUCUGUAUCUAGUUGAAACAGUGCCCCGACACCUGAAACUUGAAUAAAAAUGGAUUUUAUUUAACAAAACCCCCUUUUUUUAAUAGUGAAGAAGAUUUAUAUGCACAUUUUUUUUUCGUUUUAGUUUCACAAAUCCAACUCACUGUACAUGUACGUACAGCCUCAUAUACGGUAAAAUAUCAUGAUAAAUAUUUAUGGGCCAUGAAGAAAGAAAAACAGGGUACUAAACUGGUCAUUUUUGGAGUUAUCCUUAUCUUUUAUAUCCUUGAUAUGUAUCUUUGACCUGGUAAUCGAUAUAUAUUACACCUUUAAAAAAAAAAAGAUGUAAGGUACAUAAUUGGAGCAUUAGAGUAAAGCUUUAAAGAUUCACUACACAAAGUGCACCUAUCUAUGUUUAAAGGAAGAGGUGUAGAGAAAUGGUAUAGUUUAAUACCCUUUUUUUCUGAGUGUAAAUGGUGUUUUAUUUGAAAAGUACUUUUAAUCAAGAUUGAGAAAAUAAUUUCUCAUGCAUCACGCUUAAUGUCUGUAGAAAAUCACCCCAUAGAAAUGAUCCUUUUAUUUGAAAUCCAGCAAAACGUCUUGAUAAAAAAUAAAGGUAUCUGAUAAUGUACAAAAUGCUUCGUAAACAACUGAAAGUCAGGAUGUACUUGUUGCACUAAAAUUCAUAAUAAAUCGUCUUGCUGGUAUCAGAUCACAGAUAUAUAUAUCUAUAUUUUAUUAUGUAACCGCAGAAAGAGUUAUUUCUGGUACUGUGGUAAUGCUAAUUAAACAUGUUCGCCUUCAGAAAAUGGCUUCUAUUUUAAAAGCAUAACAUGGGAGAGAGGAUUCGUCUGUUUAGCUCUGAAUGCUGAAUGUUAAUUGUGGAGGGAGAAAAAAAACCCGGGAAUAAUUUUGACCUGCUUUCUCUAGCCACAUCAGACCAAUUUCUAUGCCUACAGAUAUAAUGAUGAGAGGUCUGAAGUGAUCCUCUCCUCUGAGAGAAAUUUGAGGAAGAGAGAGAGAGAGAGAGAGAGAGAGAGAGA